AUGGCAUCAUCAUUCACAGGAACUCAGGAUAAAUGCAAGGCCUGCGACAAGACUGUUUAUUUCGUCGAUCUCUUGUCUGCUGAUGGCGCCAACUACCACAAAGCCUGCUUCAAAUGCAGCCACUGCAAGGGCACCCUUGUUAUGAGCAACUACUCAUCCAUGGAUGGCGUACUCUACUGCAAGACUCAUUUUGAACAGCUUUUCAAGGAGUCUGGAAAUUUCAGCAAGAAUUUUCAAACUGCAGGAAAAGGAGACAGAGAAAAUUCACUUACAAGGGCACCCAGCAAGAUGUCUGCCAUGUUCUCUGGCACCCAAGACAAAUGUGCUGCCUGCACCAAGACUGUCUACCCACUUGACAAGAUGACAAUGGAGGAACAAAUAUACCACAAGUCAUGCUUCAAGUGUGCCCAUGGGGGUUGCCCCCUUACCCACUCCAACUACGCAGCCCUAGAUGGGGUGCUCUACUGCAAGCACCACUUCCAGCAGCUAUUCAUGGAGAAGGGAAAUUACCAGCAUGUCCUCGAUUCCACCUCACACAAGAAGACCGCCAGCAUGGAGGCCAUCGACGUCGACGGCCUUACCGAAGAUGCCGACGAAGACAAACCUGCAGAUGAGGACAAUAAACCUGCCGACGAGGACAAACCUGCAGAUGAUGAUGAUGAUAAACCCGCCAUCGAGGACAAACCGGCGGAUGACGAUAAUGCUGACAAGCCAAAAGAGGAAUCCUAGAUGUUUCAUUUCCACUGGAUAUAUAUAUGAGCUAUUCUUUUUCUUUUUUCUUCUGAGUUUUGGUUAUGGGUUAGCACUAGUCUAUAUAUGUAUGACGUAUAAAUGUUGUUAAGUCUUAUGCACGCAUGCAGUUGCAGGAGUA